AUGGAUGAAGGAGACGUCACGGAAGAAUAUCAAGCGGCAUACAGAAGAUCACUCGAAGAUCCGGAAGGGUUCUGGGGUGAAGUUGGCAAAGAGUUGGAGUGGACGCGACCGUGGGACAAAGUGCUUGAUAACAGCGACCCGCCUUUUACGAAAUGGUGGGUGGGUGGAGAGUUGUCCGUCUGUUACAAUGCCGUGGAUCGCCACGUGGCCGCAGGCUUCGGUGACCAGGUCGCUUUGGUCUACGACUCGCCCUUGACCGACACCGUCAAGAGAAUAACCUACUCUGAACUCCAAGAUCAGGUAUCCAGACUGGCCGGUAAGCUGUCUGAACUAGGUGUGACGCGUGGCUCUCGCGUCGUCAUCUACAUGCCUCUCAUACCAGAAGCAGUUAUAGCUAUGCUAGCUACAAACAGGAUUGGAGCAAUACAUUCUGUUGUUUUUGGAGGUUUUGCCGCGCGAGAAUUAAGAAUUAGGAUUGAACACGCUGAGCCGACUGUCAUAAUUGCGGCCAGCUGUGGAGUAGAACCAAAUAAAAUAGUCAGAUACAAAGAUAUCCUCGACAAAGCUCUCUGCCAAAGUUCGCACCAGCCCAGUAAUUGCAUAAUUUAUCAACGAAGACGCGUUCUGGAAUGUUCCUUACAAAAAGAUAGAGAUAUAUGUUGGGAUGAAGCUAUAAAGGCUGACCCGGUGCCGUGCGUAUCGACAGAAGCUAAUGAAGCUCUUUAUAUAUUGUAUACUUCUGGUACAACUGCCGAUCCGAAGGGCGUUCAACGUCCUGUUGGUCACGCAGCGACACUGUGCUGGUCAAUGCAUGCAGUCUAUGGUUUGAAGCGAGGAGUGUGGUGGGCUGCUUCAGACCUCGGUUGGGUUGUUGGACAUUCCUACAUAUGCUACGGCCCUCUAUUAGCUGGAUUAACUUCUGUUUUAUAUGAAGGGAAACCUGACAGAACUCCCGAUCCCGGACAGUAUUUUAGAAUAAUAGAACAGCAUCGAGUAAAUGCCCUUUUCACGAUACCAACCGUGUUUCGCGUUUUGAAGAGAGCAGAUCCAGCUGGAAAAUAUUCUAGAAGAUAUUGCAGCAAAUCGUUGAAAACAAUUUUUGUCGCCGGGGAACAUUGUGAUCAAGAAACCAGACACUGGGCUGAGAAUAUUUUCGGCGUUCCAGUACUAAACCACUGGUGGCAGACAGAAACUGGGUCGCCAAUCACAGCCCCCUGUCUUGGAUAUGGUGUUAAAGGUGUUCGACCUCACUCGACAGGUUAUCCUGUUCCAGGAUAUGAUGUGCGAGCCAUAGCCGAAGACGGAUCCGAAUGUCAUUCUGGGGAAGUAGGUCGCCUUGUUGUAAAAUUACCUACGCCACCAGGCUUUGCUUCAACAUUGUGGCGUUCCGAUGAAAGAUUUAAAAAAGUUUAUUUCUCCAAAGUCCCGGGUUUUUAUGAUACACAAGAUAUGGGAUGGAUUAGUGCAGAAGGUGCAGUUUGGGUGGUAGCUAGAACAGAUGACGUCAUAAACGUAGCUGGUCACAGGCUCUCCACUGCUGCUAUUGAAGAUGUUGUUCUGAAACACGCAAGGGUUGCUGAUGCGAUUGUGGUUGGAGCUCCCGAUCAAAGCAAAGGAGAUGUUCCCUUAUGCUUAUAUGUUAUGAGACCACCACAGGAUGACGAGGAAAUAGUACUUGAAAGCACAGUCUCACAAGAAUUGAUCGCCUUAGUGCGACACUUGAUUGGUCCCAUAGCAGCGUUCAGAAAAGCAGUGGCAGUGCCCGCGAUACCUCGCAAUCGGUCCGGUAAAGCGUUACGUGGCACCAUCUCUAAACUCGCUCGGUCACAGCUUGUUAAACUACCCCCAACUGUAGAAGACCCAACUGUCUUUGCUGAAAUAAAGGUCGCUUUGCAAAAGUUGGGUUACGCUAUCGAUGCCCCUGAUCCAGAAUAUUAGUAAUGAGUUUUUUAUUGUAUAAUAUAUAUAAGCAAUAUUUAAAAAAUAAUGUGAUAAGUACAUAAAUGUAUUUUAUAUUAUAUUCAAGUGUAACGUAUAGUAACGUAGAAUGGUUUCCGACUAAUCAUAAAAUAAAUAAAGAAAAAAAAAUGUAUGCAAUUUCUACAAACUCAUACCACUUCCAAUUCUAUUCAAUCUAUGAUUUUCUAUAAAAUUAGUUAACAACAGUACAAAGUAUACACAAAUACCCUCUUUAAAAAAAUAUAUUAUUUUCUGUAUGUUUUGCGAUUGUUGCUUUGUUUCGCCGCACAUCGCUAUACGAUUUUAGUUGUAAAUUUAAUUUAAUGUUCUCAUAUAAGUGAAUAUUCUAUUCCUUUUGAGAAUAAAGUUUCUUUUACCCCCUCCCCACAAGGGUAAAGUGUAAACCUAUAAAUAACACUAAUGAUGAAAUGUACUUGUAAGUUUCUAAAAUAUGUAUAUUAAAUCUAAAAUAAUCUUGGACCGUUUUAUAGGUUUUAUGGAUUGAUAGGAUCAUAUCAAAUUGGUUUUAGAAAUAUAUAUAAGUGAAAUGGU